GUAUGAUUCUCGCUUAGGGUGCGAGAGGUCCCGAGUUCAAUUCUCGGAAUGCCCCAAUUUUUUUCCCUUUUUCCUUUUAAUCCAAAUGAAAUGCCCCACUGUUUCAUAUUUAUGAAUUAGCAAAAUGAGAAUUUCCCUCCAAAAUGAUGAGCUGAAACGUUUUCCCCCUUAAACUUUAGUGACCCAUGUUUAAAACUUCAUUUCAUUCGAUAAAUCACUAUUCUUCCUGCACUGUAAUUGGGUUUUCUCAUGAGUUUAAAUCACUGUUUCUGUUUUUGAUACGAAAGAAAUUUUUUAUCAGUUUGGCGGAAUUUCAAAUUUCUUCCAUGGUUGACCGAACCAACACUCUUCCAUUGUACUCGCACUCUCGAUCAUCUCAGUUAGAGACUCGCGAAUUAGGAGAUGAAAUGGGAGGUCGAAAUGAAAAUGAGUACCAGCAGUUUGAGGAUACUACGGUUCUUGAUGGUCCCUUAGUUGAGACCCAGUUGGAGAAACUAAAUUUUGACACUCAAGUGGUUGAUGGUUUUGAUUGUAACGCGGAUAUGAGACACCAUUCAAUAUCUGAGAAUGAGAAGGAAGUUGUUCUUGAUAGUGAAGAUGAAGGUGUUUGUGCAAGCAAAACGUUGAGGCUUUCCAAGGGGUUAUCAGAUGGUAACUCGUUAAACUUGCAGAAGAUCUAUGGAACAUGUGCUCAUCAACGACGUAGUAUAGGGAGCAAAGGAUUUGGAGUUAAUGUAGGGAGGAGUGAUGAGCAAAAAGAGCUUCCUCAGUUGUUCACUAGCGGAAGUGGUAAUAUAGAAUCUGAAAAGUCAUCCCAAGCAAUUGCUCUUAAGUUUGUGGAUCAAUUUCUGUCAUCUAACAGCAUGGAAUUCGAAUUCUCUACUGGACCUGACAUAAAAAAGACUGUCGAGGAGAAAUCUCCCCGUCUCGCAAGCAGAAAGGGACCUCAAUGUUUGGUGCAGAGAAUGAAAUUUAGAGCAGCCUCAAUUGCAAAAUUUGAAACCUUUCAAUGGGCUGAUAAUGAUCAACAAGUAGAGGAUGAUGCUUUUAGCAAGAGGAGAGAUACCCCUAUUGAAUUUGGACAUUUUAGGCGGAGAUCUGUUACAAGCCGUCACAAGCCUAGGCAUCUUAAUUGUGAAGAUGGUAAUUACUCUGAUAAUAAGAUUGAAGAGAAGAAAAAGAGUUUGAACCUUCGCAAGGAAACAGCUUUUUCAACUUAUUCAGAUUCAAGGUUUGCAAAGCACAAUCCAAAGGAGACUUGUAGAGUAGAACAGGUAUCUAAACUAAAUCUAGAAAGUAAUUGUGUUCAGGGAACCAACGAGGAAGUGCAUGGAGAAUCAUCAGAGCAGGAUUUGGAUGCUCCAGACAUGUUUGACGUAGGAUUCAACACUCAAAUAGCUGCUGAAGCCAUGGAAGCCUUAUCAUAUGGACCAUCCGCUGGCUGCAUUGCUUCUGAUGUUUACCAACAUCCACCAAACAUCACUGACGACCCUUUAGAAGGUCUAAUAACAAGGAAAGGUCGUGUAGAGAAAACUUCUCUUCCCGAGACUGAUUGCUGCUAUCUAAUAGGCAGUGAAAGAAAGUCCACACGAGGAAAGCGUACUUCUAGAAAAUCUGGCAAGAAGUCUAACCAUCUGGAGCCGGGUCCUCUGUUGGCAGUAAUGACUGAAAUGAUCGGGGGCAAGCCAUUGAUUGAGGAGCAAUUUAAAUCUAGGAAUUAUGCCAACUCCUAUGAAAAUCCAAGUGGAAUACCUACCACUGUGUUGCAAAGAGAAGAAGAUGAAUCUGUGGGUAGGAACAAUGACGGUGAAAUUUACAAGAGCUCAACAAUCUCAGUUGAACGUAUCUCACUCAGCAAGGUACAGGCAAAAGAGGAGCGUGAGACUUCAUAUGUUAACCAGGAAACUAGGCCAUAUAUGGCUGGAGAAACUUUGAAAAGGACCUAUCAUCAAUCAGAUAAUCUAGGACGAAAGACAGAUGAUGGCCUCCUUAAAUACAGAAGAAAGAGGAGUAGAUUAGUGGCUGAUCCUAGGAGAGUUGAACCUAUAUCACCCAGCAAGGAACAAGUAGAAGAGGAGCUUAAGACUUCUUCAUGUGUUGACCAAGAAACUAGUCCCUUUUUGGCUGGAGAUAUAUUGAAAAGGACCUAUCAUCAAUCAGAAGAUCCAGGACAAAAGGAAGAUGCUGGCAUCCUUAAGUACAGAAGAAAGAAGAGUAGAUUAGCGGCCGAUCCUACAAAAGUUGUGAGCGGCAGAGAAAGAUGUCCUAAAUUGUAUGCAGAUUCAUCAUCAGCUGAAGCUAGAGACAGCAAAUUGAGUAAAAAAGAGGGAAGUUGCAAAGAAUCAAGUGCUUUAACCAGUUGUAUGAAAUUAGAUACAUGGAGCCACCCCAAAGGGAAAAGAGCAUUGCGUAAAGUGCGAAGUCAUUCAAAAGCCUAUGACAUUUAUAUCCCUUUAGGAACAGUAGAUAGAAAUGUAGGCAAAAAUUAUUGUACCAAAAGUGAGAGAAUUACAGAAGAUCAUCACAAAUCCUCUACUUACCACAGAGAAUCAAAGGAAAUCUCUGAUGGAGAAAAGGCAUUCACACGAUUCAGAGAGGUAAGUGACAUGGACUUUGGGUUGUUUAGCAAUGGUACAGAAAAGAACCAGGAGUUUGGUGUUUCACCAAACAAGAACCUUGAGCUCCAGAGUUGUGGAAAUACUACCACUAACCGUACCUAUCUUAUGGAUGUGGCAGCUUCAAAUCAUUUUUCUAUUAAAUAUCACAAAAGAUCAUUUAAUAAAAAGCUACCCAAAUCCUUCCUCCUGAAAGAGCUUAUUAAAUUAGGUGUCCCUGAAUCAAUACCUGGUUUCACAUGGAAGGAUUUAAGAAGACGAAAAGAUUUGGCCCAUGUUCGUGUUUUGUUUAGCCAGCAUUUGGAUGACAACGUAAUCAAGCAGCAGAAAAAGAUCUCAGCACGGCUUGGCAUUUCCACCGCAACAUGUCCCAUGGAUGCCACACACUUUAUAGCAGAUAGAUUUGUGCGUACAAGGAAUAUGUUGGAAUCCAUUGCUCUUGGUAAACCAGUGGUGACACAUUUAUGGCUGGAGAGCUGCGGUCAAGCAAGGUGUUUGAUAGAUGAGAAGAAUUACAUCCUGAGGGAUGCCAAAAAGGAAAAAGAAAUUGGAUUUAGCAUGGCUGUUUCGGUUGCUCGAGCAAGCCAGCAUCCACUUUUAGAGGGUAAGAGAGUAUUCAUUACCCCAAACAUAAAACCUCCUAAAGAAAUGAUAAGUAGCUUGGUCCAGGCAGUUCAUGGCCAGGUGGUGGAGGUGGAGCUAAGUCAAAUGUCUGCUUCUGCUUCUGCUUCAAACAUCCAAGAUAAUCUAUUCAUUGUUUCUUGUGAAGAAGAUCGUGCAAUCUGUGUUCCUCUCCUUGAUAAAGGAGUAGCGGCAUAUGCUCCAGAACUAAUACUAAAUGGGAUAAUAAUACAGAAACUGGAAUUUGAGAGACAUCAGCUUUUCAAGAAUCAUGUCAAUAGGAAACAAACCAGAACAAGGUUGAACAAAGAUGUGUGCUUGAAUGGAAGUUUGUGAACGCGCAAAUGUGAAACACCGUAUGGAGAACCUUUCCGUCUUUUAGUUGGUGUUGAACCAGUAGUACAACUACCAUGUAAAACUCCCAAAGUCGGUUCCCUGUUAUUAGAAUUUAUACACAGAUUAAAAGGGAACACGAUGCCUCUUUUUUCUCACUCUCAAUUUGUUUUAAGAGUGAAAAAUGUUGACAUCACAACGAGACAAUCUAUGAAUUACAAAACUUGCCAACCAACGGUGAAGUGCUUUAAUACACAA